UCAUCGACGGCAAGGGGCACCUUCUCGGUCGCCUGGCCUCCACGGUCGCCAAGCAGCUGCUCAACGGCCAGAAGAUCGUUGUUGUGCGAUGCGAGGCCUUGAACAUCUCCGGCGAGUUCUUCCGCGCGAAGCGUAUGUCUCCCCCGAUCCAUCGAAGCGAUUCGACGAAGAGCAGAGUACAUGGCCAAUAUGAUGGAAUACACAUACACAGCAUUGCAAUGCAUUGCUUAUACGCGUGGUCGUCAUUGACGCCAUGUGCCUCUGCUCUUCAUCGAGCGCAUUGAGGAAUUUCCUGCAAAUUAAAGCAGAGACUGACAUCAGUUCAGUAAAGUACCAGGCUUUCAUGCGCAAGCAGACCAGGUUCAACCCCACCCGUGGUGGUCCCUUCCACUUCCGCGCUCCCUCUAAGAUGUUCUGGCGCACCGUUCGUGGCAUGAUCCCUCACAAGACUGCCCGCGGUAACGCCGCCAUGGAGCGUCUCAAGACCUUCGAGGGUAUCCCUCCCCCCUACGACAAGAAGAAGCGCGUCGUCGUUCCCCAGGCCCUCCGUGUCCUGAGGUUGAAGCCCGGCCGCAAGUACUGCACUGUCGGCCGUCUCGGCCACGAGUUCGGCUGGAAGUACCAGGACGUCGUCUCUCGCCUCGAGGAGCGCAGGAAAGUCAAGGGUGCCGCAUACUACGAGCGCAAGAAGGCCGCCCGCAGGCAGUUGGCUGAGGCCCAGAAGACCGCCAACGUUGAUGGCAAGACCAAGGAGCAGCUCACCGCCCUCGGCUACUAGAUGUCGACGAUUGAUGAUACAUGUCGGUGUCGGUGAUGUCGUUAGGCGUGGAAUGCAUUGGGCUCAUGGGAACUUUUCAUCCCUUUUACUUCGACCGAUCGAAAAGGUGUCCAGGCUAAAAGAGCAUACCGAUACCAGGAUGCUCAUGUGUUUAUGGGUUUCUUCAACGUUGGUCAGCGCCAUCCCCAGGUACUUCUCUUCCGGUUAGAAGAAAUACGAAUUGAAAAACCCAGGGCUUAUCAAAGCAUAUGAUGGAGUUCUGCUGCAAAUAUAUCCCAAUUUCCUGUUCA